AUGACCAGCACAAUGAACCCAACCAAACGAAUGGAGAAUACCCACAAUUUAUCGUCAAUACGUUGCAUAACGUUGGGCGUCCGAAUCUUUGCAAUCUACUUGGAUCACUGGGCUGGGCGUGGUGAAGGAUUUGAAGUGGUAAUUGUUGAAGUGUCGCCCCACACUCGUGAACGCUUGAUCUUUUGUCUGCAUCGGAUUUGGGAGUUGGAUCUCUAUAGUCGGCUUCAUUGGAUUAAUUUGGGGUGGGGGAGCUGGUUCCAAGAUCCCCAGCUCAACUGUUUGUCGACAUGCCCCGAGAUCCGCAAGUUCCAUCUGAGCAAGUACAACGACAACCGGCACGGUAAAAAACUACAGCCCUCAGAAUAA